AUGACGAUUACGGACCGAACCGAACAACAAGACAACGAUUCGACGUCAACUCUUAGCAACAAGAACUACAAAAAACAUAAACUUGACAUUGAAAAGGCAGCGACAUUAGCCACUGGAGUUUCCGAUAUAUAUCUACCAUACAUCAGAAAGAGCGAGGGCGAAUACGAUCCAAAUCCAUUAGAAAAGACCCAUUCCCAAAUCGAUGAAGCUAGUAUUGUGGAACCACCACCCAAAGAUAUCUUGGAUGAUGCUCCCGAUGGUGGAUAUGGAUGGGCUGUUGCAGUGGCAGGAUUUUUUGGUAAUUUUGUCAUGUUUGGCAUUGCAUCCAUUUGGGGUGUCUUUUCACAAGCAUACGCGACAUCUAUUCUGGAGGGCAAAGCAAGUACCUUAUCGUUAAUGACGGUUGGAUCGGUCGCGUACGUGUGCCUGAACGUGUUUACGCCGAUUAGCGUUUUGUUUGUACGGUUUGGUACUCGAUUCAAUUAUGGUUUUGGAAGCAUUUUGAUGUGUCUUGGCAUGAUCUUGUCAGGGUUCAGUACGGAAGUUUGGCAUCUGUAUCUCACGCAGGGCCUUUUGUUUGGCUUUGGGGCCUCUUUUCUCUACAUGUCUAUUGCAUCGGUUAUUCCGCAAUGGUUCACCACCCGACGAGGUACAGCUAUGGGUAUCAGCAGUGCUGGUACUGGAUUGGGAGGACUGACACUGAGUCCUAUGGCAAGCUUUCUAAUUUCGGAAUACGGAAUACCAUGGGCAUACCGGAUUUUGGGUUUAUUCUCGCUCGGCAUUUGCUGCGUUGGAACAAUCUUAGUAAAGGACCGCCUUCCCAGGUCUUACCGCAAAAACCUGCUUCUCAAGUCGCCUGUUCAAUGGUCUAUGUUUAAAAUGGCGGAUUUUGACAUUUGGUUGGUCGGUGCAGUCAUUGCCCUCAUGGGUUACCUGAGCCCAAUGUUUUACUUGCCGAAGUACGCUGCCGAGAUAGGCAUAAAUGAAACAGAUUCGUCGAAUCUUCUCGGUAUUCUAUGUGCUAUGAAUGGCGUUGGGCGUCUGGUAUUGGGCUAUAUAGCAGAUAAAAUUGGCCGAUUGAAUAUGUUCCUGAUCGCCUCUGCAUUCGCAGGUGUAUGCACCUUUAUCAUUUGGCCAUUCGCAACUUCGUACGAUAUUCUGCUGGUAUACUCUAUUUUGUGGGGAUUUUCAUGCGGAACCUAUUAUGCAUUGGCUGCGCCGGUUACCGGAAGUGUUGUUGGCAUGGAGAAACUGUCGUCGGGACUGUCGAUCCUAUUUAUCGUCAGCGCAAUUUCUGCCAUGGGAACACCCAUUGCUGCAGCCAUCCAGGAUGCAACGCCAGAACUUGGAUAUCUUGGCAUCCAAAUGUUCAUCGGUUCAGUCUAUGUAGGCGGUGCAUUGAUCUGCCUAUACCUGAAAUAUCGGGUGACGGGAUCGCUACUAUCAGUUUAUUAA